GCGGACCCAGUGGAAGCAAAUUCAACCCUUUCAAUCACUGUAAGGAGAACACCGCACACCCCUCCUUUUCUCUCUCGUCUCUUCUGCACUUUAUAAUCCUCAAACGUCGUAAUCUCUCUUCAAAUCCAUUCUAGGGUUCCGCAAACGAAGAAAAGGGCAAAAUUAAUCGAUGGAGCGGUUGAAGCUGGCGCAACUGGGGGAGAGGCUGAAGACAGGUGGGGCCCAGAUGGGGCGAAUGGUAAGCGGCAAGGUGAAGGAGAUGCUGCAGGCUCCCACGCCGGAGUCCAAGAUGGUCGACGAGGCCACGCUCGAAACCAUGGAGGACCCUAAUUGGGGCAUCAAUCUCAGGAUAUGUGCCAUGAUCAACUCCGACCAAUUUAACGGCUCCGAGGUCGUUAAGGCCAUCAAGAGGAAGAUCAACCACAAGAGCCCUGUGGUUCAGACUCUUAGCCUCGACCUCUUGGAAGCCUGCGCCAUGAACUGCGACAAGGUCUUCUCCGAAAUCGCUUCCGAGAAGCUUCUAGAUGACCUCGUUGCCUUGAUUGAUAACCCCCAGGCCCACCACAACACUCGACGUCGGGCUUUCCAGUUGAUUCGGGCCUGGGGCGACUCCGAGGAUCUUGCUUAUCUUCCCGUCUUUCGUCAAACUUAUAUGAGAUUGAAAGGGAGGGAUGGUCCACUUGACAUGGCGGGAGGAAAUUCACCAUCUAUUCCGUAUGCCUCGGAGUCAUAUGCACAUCAAUAUCCUGUAGAUCCCCCUGAAAGAUACCCAAUUCCUGAUGCUGAACUAGAUAUGGAUGAUCCAGCGGCUUUCUCUUCUAAUUACCAACAAAUAUCAGUUGAGGAGACGAAAGAACAUCUAGUGGUUGCUCGGAAUAGUCUCGAGUUGCUUUCUAGCAUAUUGAGUUCUGAGGCUGACCCAAAACCUUUGAAGGAAGAUUUAACUGUGAGCUUGUUGGGCAAGUGCAAGCAAUCACUCUCUAUCAUCAAGGGGAUUGUGGAAAGCACUACAGAUGAUGAAGCAACGCUUUUUGAGGCUUUAUAUCUCAAUGAUGAGCUUCAGCAGGUAAUUUCUAACUAUGAGAAGUUAGAAGCUGCUCAAAUGUCUGGGACACCACAGCCUCAAAAUGCUGAACCCGCCAAGCAUGACGCGGAAGCUGUUCAAAACCCCAAUGAAGUACCUGCAAGGUUUGAAAUUGAUGAUUCGGAAGAAUCUGAAGCUGAUCAGAAUCUGGAUCGAAAGGUGCCCCAAAAAUCGAACACUCUUGAAGUCAAUGCAACUGAGGUCGAGGGGAAUGGUCUUGCUGAAACUAAAAUAGUUAAGGACACAACGGAAAAGAAUGGUGAAUCUAGCCUCAAGCGAGAUACCGAAUGAGGAAGAGCGUUAUUGGCAUGAAUCUUCUAGCAUUUCGUUGUUGUCUUUGUUCAUAUCUUGUAAUAAGCUGUAGUCCUUCCAUCUGUGAGGGUGAUUUACGUUGCCCAGAUAUGUAAUUGGCAGGAGUUUCAUCCCGAGGAUUGUUGAUAUUUAAUCCUUGUGAGAUCAGUUUAGUUCAUAAUGUUAAUGUAGUUGCACAUUUUGAUUCGCUUCAUAUUAAUUAAUGAUGUAUCUGUGUGUCUUCGUUUAA